UAAGUAUUUGUGUGCCUAUUUUGUGGUUGGGCGAUUAAAAACCUAAAGUUUUUAACUAAUUCGAAAUUGGUUAUGUAGCAUCAAGACUAUUUCAUAAAACAGAUAUGAGUACUUUAAUGGAGUAUUAGACUUAAACAUUCAAAAAAUGGACCAUAUUUAUUCCGUAUGCAGGAAAAUACCCUCAUCCUCUUUUUAUGGAGAAUGGGUUUCAGAAGGAUCCAACUUGUGCUGUGUUUCAAGUCGUAACACCAUAGCAUUCACUUCAGUUACUGAUCUUUCAGACUCUUUUGGAAAAGUAACUUUGAUUCAUGUGUAUGUAGCAGAUUUAAAUUUGCCAUGGGAAGCUCACAAAGUGACAAGUCACUGUGAAGAGGUAACGUGUAUAGAGUGGGAUGUCACAGGAACAAAACUUUUGAUAGCUGAUUCAGCAGGGCAUGUGCAGAUAUGGAUAAUGAAGGAUUAUCUUUUAAAUGAAUGGACACAGCUUUCAAUGACAUCAUUUCCUGGUGAAAACAUUCUUAGUAUUUCCUGGUUUCACAAUGGUAAAAAGAUUGGUCUCAACAUGGAGAAAAAAGACAGUCCUUUGUUUCUUGAGAAAUACAACUACAUUCCUUUUGGACCAUCUGUUCGUCAGUUUGGUGGUCGGCCUUGUGAAGGCUGUAUUGUAGUUUGCAGCACAGGUUUGGUUGGGGUGUUAGUGCUUCAGUCGGAAGGUAAUAUGAUCACUGGGACAGAUAUACUUGGUCAGUUCAGGACAAGGCUUAAAGUUGUUGAUAUAUGUUGUGCUAAAAAUGGUGAUUUUCUUGUGGUCACUAGUGAUGGACAUGUGAACUCAUCUAUACCCUGCUAUCGUGUGACUGUUAAAAUAUCACAAGGUAAGGUGUUUUUGCUUAUUAUGAAGCAGGUGUUAGCUCUGCCUAU